GGAUCCCCUCAAGAUGCCGUGUGCACCCUGCCCUGCUCCGGGCGUGCGCUCCCCCCCCCGUGCCGCGGGAGUGCGCAGGAGCUCGCCCCCCGGCCCGCGCGGCCCGCCCCCCGGCCCGCGGCCGAGGCCCCAUCGGGCCAGCUGGGCAGGGCCGCCCCUCGCGCCCAUGGCGGCCGCCGGCGGCCUGCGCGGCGGCCUGGAGGUCGAUCCUGCGGCGGCGGUGCUGGCCAAGCUCGGGCUCGGCCCCCCCCGCGCGGCGGGGGCGCCCCGCGCGCGGGCGGCGUCGGCCGCGUCGCGCGGCAGCACCGCGCCGCCGAGCCCCCGGGAGCCCGCCUGGGCCAGCGGCGCCAGCAGCGCCAGCGGCACCGAGUCCGGGGGCUCCUUGCCGCCUAGCCCGACGGAGGGCGCCCCGCGCGCCGCGGCGCCCACGCUGUCGCUGGCGGAGCUCCUGGCGCCGCCGCCGGCCUUCCCCUUCCCGGCGGCGGCGGAGGCGCCAGCCCCAGAGGCCAGCGCUCGCGCCGGCUGCCGCUGCGACCCCGAGGCCCCUCCGGGCCUGACGGCAGGCCCAGGCGCGCGGGAGCACUGGGCCCCCAUCUGCAGCGGCUUGGCGAGCCCCAUGAGGAUCCCCUCCGAGCUGGACGAGGACGGCGGCUCGGGCCCCGCCCUGGAGCCGUGGUUCGUGCCGCUGCCGGCGGGUGCGCGCAGGAAGCAGACGUGCAGCGGGGCGCCCGUGAAGAAGAGGCCGCUCUGGGCGGCGUGAGGCCGCCGCGCGGGCCGCGGCGACCCCCGAGGGGCAGGGCGCGUCCGGUGCGGUCACGGGCGGCAGGCGUCCAGCAGUGCUUGGCAUCGCUCGGACGUGUGCAUUUUUCCUUCGGCAAGAUGACUUCAAGGGGUCACCCCCCCUUCCGAUGUGAGAUGGCAUCCUGCGAGCCUGCCUGACUUCAUUGGAAGCGAUGCCGACAAUGUCGAACGGUUGAGCGCACGCGUGCUUACAAGCGCACCAUGUGCCGUUCGCUGCACGAUUGAGUUUAGUUUGGUAGUUGUGUUGAUGCUCUUACUUUUAAGCUCGUGUCCGCGUCCCCUCUGUACCCAGCGGGUCCUCCUGGGCCUCGCCGAAUUCGGUGAGAAGGUUGUGACUUUCAGGGCGUAAUUUGCCCUGGUGCGCAAGAAGGCAGAGAGGAGAGCAGUGCACAUCACUGAACCAGGUCCCACUAAGCCCAGUCCUGCCAACGCCCGCGUUUUGACUUCUGUUCCUGGCCGUCCCCGACAGCCUCCGCUAUGCCCCUCCCAGAGGGGCCACGCAGGGAACGCGCCCCGCGGUGGCAGGGCGCGGCCGCGCCCGCGCCGCGGAGGUGCCCCGAUUGCCAACGACUCUGCCAGCACUGCGCGUGCACAGCUCAAGCAGUGGCGAAGCGUCCUGGCUCGCCUAUAGGCCCACCAUAGUUC